AUGGAUUUGGAUUUCUCUCAAAACACACUUGCAAUUGUUCUCCUUUCAACAAUCCCUCUCUUCAUAAUUCUCUUCCAUCACUCCAAAACCAAACAACCUCCAAUGGUUGCUGGUGCAUGGCCAAUAAUUGGCCACCUUCCCCUCUUAACCAAAUCUCAACCAACUCAUCAUUUUCUAGGUGCCUUGGCAGACAAGUAUGGUCCUAUUUUCACCAUCAAACUCGGCGCUGCGAAAACUCUAGUAAUCAACAAUUGGGAAACUGCGAAAGAGUGUUACACAACAAACGACAUUGCUGUGUCCUAUCGCCCAAACCUAGUUGCACUGGAACACAUGACAUAUAAUCAUGCAAUGUUCGGUUUUGCACCUUAUGGUCCCUAUUGGCGCGAAAUGCGCAAGAUCGUUACGCAUAAUUUUCUCUCGAACCAUCGGCUCGAUCUAUUAACUCACCUUCGUGUCUCCGAAGUUGAAACUUCGAUUAAAGAGCUCUUUAAUUUAUGGACAAAUGAAAAAGACCAAAAUGGAUAUUUGUUGGUGGAGAUGAAGAAGUGGUUUCAUGAAGUAGCUUUUAAUGUUGCUCUUAGAAUGUUUGUUGGAAAGAGAUAUUUUGGAGAGAAUGUGGUAGUUAAAGAGGAAGAAGCUACUAGGUGUUUGAAAGCUUUGAGGGAUUAUAUGCGUUUGAUUAGUGUGUUUACGGUUGGGGAUGUUGUUCCUUGGUUGAGGUGGUUUGAUUUUGGUGGAAAUGAAAAGAAUAUGAAGGAAAAUUUUGAGAAAUUGGAUGUUGUUGUGACUGAAUGGUUGGAUGAGCAUAAGAAGAAGAGGGUUGAUGAUAAGAGUAAAGGUGAUCAUGAUUUUAUGGAUGUGAUGCUUUCUACUAUUGAUGGAACAAACAUUCAUGGAUUUGAUUCUGAUUCUGUCAUAAAAGCCACAACACUGGCACUAAUUUUGGGAGCAACGGACACAACUAGUGUUACACACACAUGGGCAUUGUGUUUAUUAUUAAACAAUCCACACACAUUGGAAAAGGUAAAAGAAGAAAUUGAUCUCCACAUUGGCAAAGAGAGACUAUGCAUUACAGAAUCAGAUAUAAACAAGUUGGUAUACCUUCAAGCUGUUGUCAAAGAAACACUAAGGCUUUAUCCAGCAUCACCUCUGUCGGGAAUUCGCGAAUUCAGCCAAGAUUGCAACAUUGGUGGCUACCGUGUGAAGAAAGGAACCCGAUUAUUCACAAACUUGUGGAAGAUUCAAACCGAUCCUAGUGUUUGGUCAGAUCCAUUGGAGUUCAAGCCCGAGAGGUUUCUUACUACUCAUAAAGAUGUUGAUGUUAAGGGUCAUCAUUUCGAGUUUUUACCGUUUGGAAGUGGAAGAAGAAUUUGUCCUGGACUAUCGUUUGGCCUUCGAACGGCUUUUCUGACUCUUGCGAAUUUUAUUCACGCCUUUGAAAUCUCGAAAACUUCAAGUGAUCCGGUUGAUAUGACUGCUGUUGUGGAAACAUCCAACAUCAAAGUUACUCCUCUUGAAGUUCUCAUCAAACCUCGUUUGUCUCUUAAUUAUUAUGAAACUGUGUGA